AUGUUAAAGCGUGGCGCCCUAGGCCCUCACGGUUCUAAAGAAGACGAAGGAAAUUUCGGAAUGGCUAGUACUCCCGAUGAAAAGCCGCAGCGGGCGACAGCGGCCCAGUUAGCCAACAGAAAGAUCAAAGAUGUCCGUAGACGCCGAGCCCCAACACCCAGUGGUGGCGCAUCUGAUGCGGCUCCAUUCAACCCCUUCUCAUCCGCGACCCCGGCCGCGGCACCAGCACCAGCACCAAUUCAAUCGAGCGGGUUCGUCUUUGGUCAAAAUCAGAGCCAGAGUUUCCCUGGUGCAAGCUCAACACCCACUCAAGGGGGUAUGUUCUCAUCAGGCACUAACGGCCAAGCGGCUGAGCCCGCGCCAUUCAGCUUCGGUGCGACCUCUACCUCGUUCGGAUCUGCGCCUUCGAGCAAUCCCUUUUCCGUAGACACAUCAUUUGGCGGAAGCUCACAAUCAACCAAUGGAUUCAGUUUCGGGGGUUUCAAUGCCGGUAGCCAAGCUACUCCCUCCUUUGGUGGGUUUGGAGCCCAGCAAAAUGCGAGCACUCCGGCCACCACCUCGGCCACCACCUCGGCCAGCGGCGGCCUGUUUGGAAAGACUACAACAAAUAUUUCUCCUGCCGAUGAAAUCAUGUCAGUUUCGCCAGAUACCAAGCCCAACGGAGGUUCUGUAUUUGCACAGCAGCCAGCCCCGGGUGGGCUGGCUCUCGGAAAUCCAUUCUCGAAUCUUUCAGGGCAGAAUGCCAGCAAUCCAUUCGCGCCACCCAAGGCGGCUGGCACAGACCAAACCGCCGCCAAGCCCGCGGAGCCCCAGCCUUUCAAGCCUCUCUUCGGCGCAACUCCCGCCGCCUCGAAGCCUUUUGGUGGAGAGAAAGAGCAGCCAGCCGCCAGCAAUCCAUUCGCAUUCUCCUCGGGACAGAAUACAACCACCAGCAACAACCUUUUUGCCCCUAGGGCACCGUCAGCAGAUCCGAUCUCUGCGAAGCCCGUAGAGGCCGCGCAGCCUUUCGGUGCUCUUUUCGGGUCGAAGUCCAGCUCUCAGCCCCCAGAGUCUGUUAGCAACUUGUUCGCGCCCAAGCCAGCGGCGGAAGAACCAAAGGCGAGCAAUCCGUUUGCGAACCUGUCAGCACCGAGUUCAUUCAGCGGCUUGUCUUCGCCAAAAGUCACCGGGACCGAGGAGAGUUCUGGAAAGACUGCCGAGGCACAACCGUUCAAGACAAUGUUUGGUACACCUGCACCAUCGAAAGUUUCAGAGUUCGGAAAGGAACAGAGCGCUACACCGGCAUUUGGUAACAUGUUUGCAACACCUAAGCCGACCUCUGAGAAUGCAACCGCAAAGGCUACAGAGGACCAGCCGUUCAAGUCCAUGUUUGGUACACCUGCAGCAUCAAAGACCUCAGAAACUAAGGAGACCGCUACGCCAGCAUUUGGUAAUAUGUUCGCAACACCAAAGCCGGCCGCUGAGAUUGCGCCUGCAAAGCCAACAGGAGACCAGCCGUUCAAGUCCAUGUUUGGCACACCUGCGGCAUCCAAGACCUUGGAGGCUGUGACAGAGUCGCCCGCUACGCCCGCAUUUGGUAAUAUGUUCGCAACACCCACGCCAGCUGUCGAUAGCGCGGCUGCGAAGCCUCUCGGUAAUCAGCUUCCCAAGCCCAUGUUCGGAACACCUGCAAGCUCGAAGCCUGCGGUGGCAGAGAAGGAGCAAUCAGCAGCGAGUGGUGUAUUCGCACCGAAGGCGACAAGUGAAGAACAGACACCUCUGCCUGCAAAGAAUGUGCAGUUCGGUUCUAUCUUUGGAGCGUCUCCUGCAACCUCGAAGCUUGGAGAAGGACAGACAGCCCAAGCUACGCCUAGUAAUCCCUUCGCGAAUCUGUCAGGGCAGAACGCAUUCAACAACCCGUUCGCACUGAAGCCCGCAGAGCAAGCUGAAAAGCCCCAAUCACCAGGCAAGCCAUUGUUCGGUGCCAGUGUGGGAGUUGAGGACAAUAAGAACAAUAACCAGGCAGCUUUGGGUACCGCAUUGGCCAACCCAUUCGCGGCUACCCCUAAGGCAACCAAUGAACCACCGAAGGAAGCUGCGACAGCGACGACCAUCCAGGCACCUUCCUCUCAAUUGUCGUCCGACGCGUCUCAGAAGAGUUGUUUACAAUUCCCUUCUACCUCUUCUUCUCCUCUCCCUUCUUCCUCCUCAACUUCUACUGUUUCCAAUAUUUCUACCACUUCCAGCACUUUGCUUGCAUCCAGCACUUUCAUUGCUCCAGACACUGACAGUCUUUUCCCUAAACCUGAUCAUCCUGUAUCAAUUGAAUAUCCCGACAUGCCUCUCAAACGUCUUUUCCCUGAAGAUGCCGAGGUCGAUCGUCGGCAUCUCAAUGAGGCCACUCUUCUCUGGAAACUUCGCAUGUUGACCGAGUCUUUCAAGCGCGAGGUCGCCAAAUGCGACCCCAUGACUGAUGAUAUCGACGACGUCAUUUUGCUUUACGUUGAACUUCGCCGUGACAUGGGCAUCCCCAUCGGAUCGAUCGACCCUAUCGAGGAGGCUGAACGGGCCGAGCUGAAUCAUCGUGAAGCCGCCCAGGAAGCGCCAAACGGCGAAGUGCCUGCUCCGAUCGCGACCCCUCCCACUUUCACUCCUCCUAAUUUGCACGGCAAACGCACUGCACCUGCCGACAAGCCUGAAAGCGGAUCUUCGACUUCCUCCAAGUUCGCCCAAUCCUUCUCUGCUCCGUCCCCUGCUCCGGCGACUACUGCUGCUGACGCUUUCAGCGCUCCUGUUGCUGCUAAAAUACCUGCUGCUACUGGUCCCGUCUCUGCUGCUGCCCCAGUCGCUACUUCGGCCGCCACUCCUGCUGCUGCGAUUCCCAAGUUUGACGGUGGAGCCACCUCGACCGCAAUUCCCAAGUUUGGUGCUGGUGCCGCUUCUACCGCUGCCCCUAACUUCCAAAUUCCUAAAUUUGGUGCUGGCGCUACUGGCACUGAUUUCAUGGCCCAGUUCAAGGCACAGGCGGACAAGACUGCCGCUGAAGAAAAGGCUAAGAGAAAGGCUGAGGAGUUUGACUCCGACUCUGACGACGAGGAGGAGUGGGAACGCAAGGAUGCGGAACGUCAACGCGAGAAGAAGGCUCAACACGAAGCAGCAGCAAAGAAGCGCCCUAUUUUUGUCCCCGGCGAGGGAUUCAAAUUUGUCGAUGACACUACUCCACAGAGCGUUGCGGGGCCUACUACUCCUGCUACCACUGCUACUCCUGUCACCACUAGCACCCCUGCUCCUUUUGCUUCCCUCGCUGCUCCGUUAUCUUCCUCUGCUUUGGGAGCAAGCACUUCCUCUGUGUCGCGUAUUCCAUCGACCCCUGACGCGUCCGAAUCCUCAUCGAUCCUCGGUACAAAUCAGCCAUCGCCUGCAUCUGCCGCUUUCGGUGGGGCCAAGCCUGCAUCCUCGACUUCAAUCUUUGGUACGGGUCUUGCUAGCUCUACAAACUCCUCGGUGUUUGCUUCCAGUCAACCGGUUCCAGCCUCGCAGAACAUCUUCGGUGGGCUCAAGCCAACUUCGCCGAAACGUAAGGCCUCGGCGGAUGACAGUGAUGACGAGGACGAUGCUCCCGCGAAAAGGGUCAAGUCAACGUCUCCUCCUCCUUCGGGUGCCAGUAUCUUUGGACGGGUCUCAACUGCAACCACCCCAGUUGCUCCAACCCCAUCUUUCCCAGCUGCUUCGACCACUCCCUUCACACCAGCGGCCCAAGCCAGUCCUUUCUCCCAGCCUGUGUCAGCCACCCCCUCGGCACCUGCUGCUGAGCCCAAAGUCGCCAACGAUGAUGAGGAAGGUGAGCCGGGCGAAAUCUUUGAUUUGACUCGCGGCAACGGCGGCGAAGAAGAAGAAACCGUUUUGUUCGAGGACAAGUCCCGAGCUUUCAAGCUUGAUGGACAGUGGGCUUCUAAGGGAACCGGUCCCGUCCGGCUUCUGCAACACCCUGUCACCAAGCGCGCGCGGAUUGUGGCCCGUGCUGACCCCAGUGGAAACGUUAUCUUGAACACUCUCUUGAAAAAGGAGUUUGACUACUCUCUCACUACCAACAGUGUCCAAUUCAUGGUGCCCGAGGAGGAUGGCAAGCUCCGGCAUUGGGCGCUUCGCGUGAAGCGUGAGAGACUUCAAGAAUUCCACGAUCUGAUCCAAAAGAUCAAGAACUAA